AUGGCCCCUGCUGACGACUCCAAGUCUGCGGCCGCAGAGCCUGCACCUGCAACGGCAGCCGGUUCUACCGGAGAAACUUCAGCUUCCUCCACUACUACCACGCGCUCGUCGCCUUCUCGAAAAGCCAAGACAACGGGAUCCAAAAAGGACGAGGUUGUUGCCAAAGAAGAGGCCCCGAAGACCAAAAAGUCUUCAAAGAAGUCAGAGGCAGCGAGCAAGAGCUCGGGUGACGGCGGCCCAUCGUACUUUGAGCUCAUUGUCAACGCCAUUAAGGAGCUCAAGGACCGUAAUGGCUCGUCGCGUCAAGCGAUCGGGAAGCUGGUCGAGACGAAAAAGGGAAACUACGCGAGCCACCAUUUGAACAAGGCGCUACGGACUGCCGUAGAUAGCGGCAAGUUGAUUCAGACCAAGGGGUCGUACAAGUUGUCGCCUGAGCUGCGUAAACCUUCGGCCGCAAUGAAAAAGAGUCAUAAAGUCUCGGAGAAAGCUGCCAAGACGGUAGCGAAAGUGGGCAAGGGAGCGAAAAAGACGUCGGCAGCGGUCAAGAAAGCGACUGCCACGGCAGCUGCUGUAGCCAAGAAGAAGAAGAAGAACGUGGCUGCAAAAAAGGUGGCGGCCAAGAAGGCCCCGGCUAAAAAGGCGAGUGCGAAGAAAGUGCCCGUAAAGAAAGCUCCAGCCAGCAAGAAAGUUAGUGCCAAGACGGUCAAAAAGUCGGUCAAAAAGACGGCUAAGAAGUAG